UGCAGUGAAAGAGUCAAGAGGCCGUCGUAGAGGAAGGACAUCUGUGCAAAGCGAGGGUAACUUCUGGAUUCUUUAAUUAAAGCAAGCUACAUGAAAGGCCCAGGAAACACAUCCCUCAUAGUUUUCCUUUGGACCUCCUUCACAGGAAAUGGGUCUGAGCCACUCUAAGCUUCACCCUAGGGUGACCAAAGUAGCACCUUUGCAAAGGGAGGAGGCAGAGACUUCCUCAGCUGGUCCUCUGAACUUCAUCGUUCAUCAGAACCCAGAAGGAGAGAAUUUGCAUUUGUUCCCAAGACUGCAAGGCCAGAAUGCAGCUUUGGAAGGGCAGCUGCCUCCUCUUCGAGAAGACUGGUACGGAAGGCAUUCUGCAGCAUCCAGGGCCAUGUAUUUUGACAUCCCACUGGAGCCUGGAGAAACAAGUAUCAUUAAAAGGCAUCCACCACGAAGACUGCAAACGCUUCAGCCCAUUGACCUGCCACGAGUACUGGCCUCUGGAAGGCUCCCACACCAGCAAGGGACCCAAACAAGGCACACAGCAAAGCCAGAACUGGAAAAGAAAAUGCAAACUCCAGUGUACACUUCUGGGAAAAGACAGUAUUUCCAUAAACUGCAAAUGCUGGAAAUGAACCGUAAAAGACAAGAGGCCCAGCUGGAAUUGAAGAAACGUCUUCACAGGGGAGCAAAAGUGAAUAAGCAAAAACUGAGAGACCAUAAAGCUAAAAAAUCAUUUCACAGUCUCCCAAGGAAUGACAACUGCGGCAUUCUAACCAUGCUGCCUGACGAAACCAUGAACAGAAGCCUAGGAAAUUCACAGGAUGCAGAACUUUUGGAAGGUCAAGCAAGGAAUGAAUAUUGUCCCUGGAAAAUGGGCAAACUGGAAAUGUGGUUCCAUGAACAAGAAAGCCAUGGACAGCUACUCUGGGACAGUUCAAGCUCUGACUCAGAGCAACCAGGCAGAGAUGAGAAAAAACCUCAGCCACUAGUGAGGACCAGGACAGAAAGACUCCCACUUUUUGAUGAGUUUUUUGAUCAGAAAUAAGUAGGAUACUCACUAAUCUAGAUGGCAAGAAUAAGCUUGAUUUGACAUCAAAAUCCUUCAAGUUAGUGUAUGACUUUCUGUGAAGAAAGCAAUUCAUUUUGGUAAACAGAGGCUAUCUUCUGGUUAACAAGUUUGUCAUUUAUGCUAUUAACUUGCUGCUCAAAACUGCCUUUUUGCGCUGGGGAGAGAGCUCAGUGGCAAAAGCACCUGCCUGACAAGAAUAAGGUCCUGAGUUCUAUCCCAGUACAAAAAAAAAAAAAAAAGCCAAAACUGCCUUUCUAUGGGUGGCUGGUCUCAGCAGGGUGGUUCUUCUGCUGGUCUCUUUUGAAAUCUCUCAUAUAAUUGGAAUCAGAUGGCAGCUAGCACUGGAGUCAUCUGAAACUGCUGGACCUUGGCUACCUUCCAUUUGAUCUCAGAGUAGUGAAAUUUGCUUCCUGUCAGCCCAGCACUCCUGGAAGCACAUGUCCCAAAAGGAGGGCUCAGAAGGUUCACUCAUAGAACUCGCUCAGAACCACUUCCAUGUCCAUGUUCUGUCGGUUAACCCAAGACAUGGUCAAUGGAAAGAGUUCUCAUGAGGGCACAGGUGACAAAGUGUGGUCCUUUGAGUCCACAUUGGAGUCUGGCCACCAUACCAUGCUUUUACAUGCAAAUUAGAUCACUGGAAACAAAUGACAAAGAGAGUAGAUUUGCAUUUUUAAAGAAUAGCUAUGAGUAUGCUCUAUUAGACAUUAAACUAAUUUAGCCAUGUUUUUGUGAGCUGGCCAUAAUGGAGAGACUUCAAGAAAGGAACAGAACAAUGUCAAGAGUACAAGGCCAUUGUGAAUUCAAACUCAAAACUAAGACCUUUUAGACUGUCAUAUAGCACUUACAGCUCUUUAAAGGGAAUCUUAAGGUUUUUCAGUCUUCAAUUUUUUCCCCUUAUUAGAUUUUUAGGCAAGUUUUUAAAGUAUUUCUUUUGUGUAAAAUUAAGCACUGUAUUCAAUUCAGCAUAAUCUGACAAGUUUUAAGCAAUCCAAAGGAUUCCAAAAAUUUAUUUGAAGUGAAAGCACUUUCUUAAACCUUC